AUGACUGGACGCGGAAAAGGUGGAAAGGGUCUCGGCAAAGGCGGGGCCAAGCGCCACCGAAAGAUUCUCCGUGACAACAUCCAAGGCAUAACCAAGCCUGCGAUCCGUCGUCUCGCGCGUCGUGGCGGUGUCAAGCGUAUCUCGGCCAUGAUCUACGAGGAGACUCGCGGUGUCCUGAAGACCUUCCUCGAGGGUGUCAUCCGAGACGCCGUCACUUACACCGAGCACGCCAAGCGAAAGACCGUCACCUCCCUCGAUGUCGUCUACGCUCUCAAGCGACAAGGCCGCACCCUGUACGGUUUCGGUGGUUAG